CACUCUGUUCCCUGUGCUCCCCAGGUGGUGUUUUAUCCACCCAGGAAUGGUGCCUGAUGUAUUUCCCCUAGUUCAUGUUCCAUUGAUCUCUGUAUCUAUGCUGUGCUUGUUAACUUAGGUCUAUAUUGCAAGGGGGUGUGAAAGUAGAUUGAAGAGUCUCCAGUGCCUCUUCUAGGACUGCACUUGUUAUAACCAAGUACCACUGUCUUCAGUGGUUCAGGGGCAGGAAUCCCUGACAGUUCUGUACUGCAAGGUACCAUCCUGUUGCCACAGCACGCUGAUCUGACACAUAUAUUUGUGAAGUGAAAUAACCAAGGGUCACUCAUGACUCUCUUCAUGACUGGAGCAGAUAGAAAACGGCUGAGAAUCUUUACUUACAGAACUGUGGAAAGACCCACAGGAAUACUGAGGUCACUGAUACAUGCUCUCCUCAAGCAUGCUGCUAGUGUUUAUGGAGCAGGAAAGAGAAAUAGGUUCCUGCCAUUUUGGAAAUGAAAGGUACUUGCAAUGAUUCUGGAGCUUCCCACUGAGAAGAUAACAUUUCCCAUCACUGGUCCUAGCUGCCUGGCACCAGGGCUACUAAGGAGGUUCUGUGCAGUUCAGUGCAGAGUUUUGCUAUUUCCACCACUUUGUGACUCUAUCCCUGAGUGGGACAGAGCUAUUUGUCAUCUGAGCAUUGUGAGCUCAGCUGUUGAUUUCCUGGAUGCAGUAGCUUGGUUUGUGAUGCUGAAAAGAAAGUCAUUUGCUUUCUCUCUGCUUUAGACCCUGUGCAAACACCAACGUGAAUUCAUGUGAAUUCAUUGCACAGACCUUCAUCUUUGUCAAAUGGGCUGGAGAGCAGUGACUGCUAAAAUAGGAAUGUCAGUGUAAACAAGUGUGUGAAUUGAAUACCAGAAACUAUCUGAGAGGGCAUUUGCCCCGAAUUCAUUUGCCAUGGAAUUAGGAAAAGUCUUUUAAGAAAGACAAUAAUUGGUCCAGAGCCAAAGUUUAGAAGAAUCAAGAACAUUUUUAACAAAGAGAAGCAGGAAGGAAGUGACAGUCAACAUCUGGUUUGACAGUCACCCUGCAGCCUGUCUAUGGCAGAGCAUCCUCCCUGUUGAAUACAGUGGGCAGCCUGCAUUCCUGGCAGUAAGGGUGGAACAUAUACAGACCCACAAGUUCAGUAUUCAUAUGUGACCUUGUGGUUUCUCACUGGCCUGUGGGUAAGCAGACUGUAGGAAGUGGCAUGGAUACACAUGUACCCUACACCUCCAGUAGGAAGCGCGUAAGAAUAGGGAAAUCACUGCUCUUAGAAAAGAGGAACAUGGGAAGUUGCACAAGUAAUCAUGAGAAUGUGUGUGUAUGUGGGGUUUAGAGCUUUUGGGGAUCAGUUACUUAAAGACGUUUACAAAUUUGUAUCUAUCUGUUGACAUUUUGUGUCUGCUGUUGUGCUUUAUCUCGGUUGCUGAUGCUGAUCCUGAAUAUACAGGUUAUGGUUUGCCGGUUAAUUACAUGUGAUGAAUUGAUUGGUAAACUGCUUAGAUCCAUCCUGACUAGAUUUAAACCACAUGAACUAAGCACAUUUUCCUUCUGACAGUUUUAUACCCUCUUCACUUGACAUACUGAUCAGCCAAAGUCAGCUCCCUGCCUGUAUGCACAAAAUCAAGUGUAUUUUAAAGCAAUGGCAAAUAAAAUGCAUUCUCAUUUUUUAACAUCUGUGGUGCAUUUCAGUGCUGUUCUCCAGCAUGAUAGCUGGGAACUUUUAAAUAUGUCAUGUGAGGAUCUCGCUGCGCUGUGAAUCCAGUACCUUGUGCCUUCUAGUAGCUUAUAGUUUCUAUGACAGUACCAGCAAGCACAUGUAUGGGCCAUCUUUCCAAUGUAACAUAGAUGUUGGAUGGUUUGACCCUGCUUGCAGCCUGCUGUGCAUGAAAAAACAUACUCAGAGGAUAUCUUCUACACACAAUUUAGGGUUGUUCUCAUUUGUAGCUGGUUUUGUGUCCUGCUCUUUUGAGACUUCAACUGAUACACUUGUGCUAUUGCAUCCAUUCCUUCCUCAGUACAUCCAUUCAUGCCUUUUCAUAGGGAGAAAGUGAUGAUGGAGCAUGGAAAAGCAAAGGCUGUCUACCUACCUGUGUCCAUUCAGAGUACGAGACCCAGUAGGGAUUCUUUAUCCUUACAGGUAUUUAUUUCUUAGGGACAAAACCUGCAAGGUUUUGAAUCAAGUUGCCUUGAGCCGUGCUAGAACCGCUAGCUAUGGCUAUGCCUUUUGUUAUUGUGACCAAGUAAAACUUUGAGCUCUGUAAUGCACAGGGAUUCUAACACCACCUGCUGAUCCUUUCUGACCUCCAGCUCCAUGGUGACAGGUCAUAUGCAAUGCCUCCACUCAAAGCCCCAUCCUCUUUUCCCGAGCAAUUAGUUAACAACAGUGUUGUCAAGUUCUUCGUUGUGCUCUGGGUUACUGGGCUCAGGCUUCACAUAGGGACUUGCCCAGACUGAGUCACAGAUAUGUUUUCUUACCAUGUUUUGACUCCCUUUUGCAGGACAUUGUGAGUUGGUUUAGCCCCUUGCUACUGAAUGCCAACAGCACAGGCCUUUUCACACACAUAUUCACUUGCCAGGAAAGAACAAAUAACAAAGGUGUAAGGCCAGUAGCAUGUCCUGUGAAAUGGCUUCAAUAUGUGCAAAAGGCGGUCGUUUGAGCUGGGUUGGUACUACCCUUCAUCUGUUUUCAUUUCCCUCUGUAAGCUUCUGUGUUGCAAGGAACAUCUUGUGAAACAUCCUGGCAGAGAAACUAUGACAAUUCCCCCAUCUCCAUGUGCUGUGGGGAACACCCAGGCUACAGCUUUUUAUGCGUACCGGAUUAGAGGCUGUGAAAGCUCUUCACCAGUGUGUGGACUACCCUAAUGCAGUCUUCUGUGCAGGAGGAAGGCCGUAUUUGUGGCCACAUUGCUAAUGUGGACUCUUGAGGAAGAGUGAUACCAUGGUAGAGAUAAUGAAUCACAACGGAAGAGUCAGUCCUGGAACUGCAGUUGUUUUCCUUCAUGGAGACUAUGGCCAGUACAUGACUCUGGUCCAGAAUGCUACAGAGUGGCGCUGCAUCCCCAGCGUAUCUGGAGGCAUAGAGGAGAGCUGGGCAUGCUGCCCGAAGGGCUGGAAACACUUCGAAGGAAGCUGCUACUACCUCUCAGGUGAUAUGAUGUCCUGGGCUGAUAGCGAGCAGAACUGCACUGGGAUGGGCUCUCACCUGGUGGUGAUCAACAGCGAAGCAGAGCAGGAUUUCCUCUUCAACUUGGUGAAAGGAGUAUUUUCUAACACCUAUGAAACAAAAUACUACAUAGGCUUAACUGCUUACAAACCCGGGCAAUGGCAGUGGGUGGAUCAGACUCCAUACGAUAUGACAACCACGUUCUGGAAACCCGGGGAACCCAAUUUACUCUUUGCAGAAAAAUGUGCUGCAAUUCACGUCAAGGGAAACAGAGACCCCAACACUUACAGUAACUGGAAUAACGUCCUGUGCUUCACAAGCUGCUAUCGAAUUUGUGAACUGCCAGUCAAAUCUGUCUGAGGAAGGAAACUCCACUUUGGUUGAAGGAGCUGAAGGAGCACCUUUGAGAAAGGGCAGCUCCCACGAUACCUGAUGAAAAGCUGGCCUGAGCUCACACAAAUGCUUCAUCUUGCCAUGCAGGGUGAGCAAGCCUGCUACAGAAUCUCAGAUCUGAUGGACAUCAGUUCCCCUCCUGUGCCCCUGCGUCUCUUUCCAAGAUGGAGAUCAGUCCUGGAUGAAAAUGCUCAGGCUGAUGUCAAGGACCUACUGUGACCCUUUUCGCAGUCCUCCUUCACAGAUGAGUGCCCUGAUCCUCCAGCAUUUUCCUUGACUCCUGUCCAGUCAAUGAUGUGGAAAAGGCCCUCUCUGUUCCAUGGAAGGAUACUGGCCCUAAGAGUCACUGGAGCAGAAUUUUAAAGAAGAGCAUGCAGUGGAGCAUGCUUGGCCCACCCCUGAAGGGAUCAGUUAUUCAUGGUUCACCUUUAAUGUUUCCUUCUUCCUUCAGCAGGUUCUGCAUUGAUAAGUUAAAAACCCCACAGCAGUAAAUGUUAAAUCCAUUCAAUGCACGAGGCUGUCUUCUGACAAGUCCCAUCACUCUACCAACCUAGCCUUCUCCCUGCAUGAGGGUUCUAACUUUUCAGUGUGUUUGAUACCUCCAGGUGAGAAUAUUACUGUGAGUGUGCUGGAGUGGCCAGGAGCAGGAAAAAUCCAGUGUUCAUCUGCAGAGCAUGUGAGAAAGGCUCUGAACACUUGUGGAGAAUCAGGGAAGCAACAGAGCAGGCUGUGCAGUAGUCAGUGCCAACAACUUUUUGCUCAGCUUGUAGCAGAAAGGAGAUGGAUUUUGGAGAUCCUACUGAGAUAUGUGGCAGGAGUAAGCUUGACAAUGAAAGGGAGAGAAAGCAAUCAAAUAUCACAUGAAGGAUAAAAGCCAGAGUUUCCCCAGGAGGGAUUUAUAACGUGAGAAAAAGGUAGAAGACCCCUGUAAGAGGCAUCACUGUAAAUCAAACACACAGAAGUCUUGAGCUUGCUCUGCUUCCCUCAAAUUCCCCACACCUCUGUCUGUAUAUUCUUCCUUUUCAUCAAUGAUAUCCAUGCUUCUUGAAGAGCUGGGAGUUUCCAGUUUGUGACUAAAAAUACAACCUGAAAAAACAGUUAUGAUCUA